CCUUCCAAAGCAAACGAUUACGACUACACUGGGACAUGACAUCAUCGGGCAACACCACACACACACAUUUCAGUCCAAUAUGGACUUUCAACAAAACAACUGGACCAAAGAAUAAUCGUAUUCUUGAUUUUUAAUGUCAACUUGUAGCGUGCUCUAUCAAAAUAAAAAAUUUAUGACUGCGAAUUCAAAUGAGACCUGUGAUUCAUUCCCGAGAGCAAAAUUUUAUCAGCGGUCAUCGGUGUUAAGUCAGAUAAUGCUAAGAAAUUAUCGGUUGGUUUUAUGAUUAUCAUUUUCAUGAUUGUCCGAGAAUGAUUUUUUGACGUUAUUAUGGAAUCUGCUAAUGAUUCUUUCACUUAUGAGGCAAAAUUGGACAUUCCAUUUAUUGAUGGAGAAAUGGAAAAUCAAGAUCAGGAAGUAAAUCGAGUAGCUGGAAGCACUACCAAUCCCACCGAACCCUCCAGAACUCACAAUACUCGCCCACCUCCCAAAAGUGACGGUGUGCUAUCCUUGUUUGGCAAUUAUUCCUUUCCAUAUCUAUUGACUGCGUCUGUGAUUAAGUUAGGUAUUUAUCUCAAUAAACUAUACCAGGAUAGUUCUGCUGUGGGGAAGUACUACACCGACAAAGAACUAAAUUAUUGUAUAGUGUCUGCGUUUUGUUUGUUUCUGCCAGCGCUUAUUUACAUCAUGUACAUUGUAUCGGCGUACGUCAAAGAACAAGAGGAAGCUGAAGCUAAAGAAGUUGGCACGAAAGUUGUGUACGGAUGCUUGCUGGUGCCAUGGCAAAUAAAAGGACGAGUUGAAGUUCUACAAUUUUCAGCGCAACGCAUUUGUAACAAGAGACCUCUUACGGAGAACGAAUUGGAAGAAAAGUCCUUCUUGGAAAGACAGGCUGCUGUCCUAGAAUUUUUUGAAGAGUUUUAUGCUGGGCUGAUUCAAAUGAUUCUGCAGCUUUAUAUUAUUAUACUUUCUUUAGAUACAAAAGUAGAAUACAAAGCACUGACUGGGGAAAUCAUAGCAUCAGGUUUGACACUUAUGUCAAUGAUGGCAGCUGUCAGGCGAAGAGACGAUGGCAUACUAACUGGAACACUCUCAUAUACUGGCUGGAUGACAAUCAUGAUCUCUCGUGCCAUCGCCAUUUCCCUUGCUACAACAGUCAUCCAUGGAUGGAUGGUCAUCGUAUGCAUCCUUCAUGGAUUGUUCAUAUCAACAUGGAUAAGUUCCAUCGCCAUAAGGACGCAUUACAAAGAAUCCCCAUCCAUGGUGUUCACAAAAAAGAGAAAAAUCGCCAUGUUCUUUCUUGUCUUCUCAGUCUUUGGUCUACCUUCGCUUACAUAUUGGCCUAUAAUGUUCGAUUUAAAAAAGCAUAAAAGACCACUGAUAUUUUUGCUUGUACUUUUAAUAGAAAAUGUAGCAUUCACUGCACUUUGGGUAGUAUUUAAGGAACACAGGGACUUGCAGAAGCAUGAUUUAAUUCUUGCAUGCACCAUGGGUGGCUGUUUUGCGGUGGGAGCAUUCUUUUUGCUGUUUUAUAUUUGUUGUAAGCCAAAAUACACAGAUUCUGUUGUGUAUCAUGACAUGAAAGUGAAAAAUGCUGAUUCCUUUGGAAUGUACUUUGAUUUUUGUGAUGCUACAUUUAAAUUAUCCAGGAAAAAAGAAGUUGAGACCAAGUUGAAAGAAAUACGGGAUAAAGGAAUGCUACAGCAAUGAUAACAAGUGAAGAAAGUGUUUUUAAAUUAAAAAUUUCAUCCUAAAAUUUAAGGGCGAUGCAGAUUUAUUUUAAAGUACCUUUGUGUAGUUUAACAGUUUGUUCAAGAAAUUAAGGUUUAAUUGAAACUUCUAUGUUAUUGAUGUUACAAUUAUUGCAGAGAUUUUAAAUUUGUUAAAUAAAGUUUUUUUUUAACAAAU